CCGCAUGGGACUGACUGCUUUCUGUUGAGUGAGUUCUGGAAUGCUGCCCGAUGUGCCUUACUGCGCAAUCCCUUCAUACAGCUGCAGGGAAUAUAUGUCCAGCACUGUGCACUCCGCGCUACCAUAGUCCACUAUGGAACGGAAAGGGGAUGACUGGCACAGGACCGAAGGAGAAAGAAGACACCACAAGUCCCAGGAUGACGGGUUACAGGAGCGAGAUGCUGUAUGUUCUGGAGAAGCCCCAGAUGCGAGGCGAGGAGGAGCGGCUUCGAACUUUUGAAAACUGGCGGAGGGACACACCAGUCACCGCGGGCAACCUGGCCAGAGCGGGAUUCUAUUUUCUGGGGACAGAAGAUAAGGUUCAGUGCUUCUGUUGCGGAGGGAUCCUGCGGUACUGGGUCCAUGGGGACAGUCCGAUCGUCGAACACAAGAGGCACUUCCCCGCCUGUAGUUUCGUGCUGGGUAGAGCCGUUGGGAAUAUCCCGCUGUUUGUCGUUUCCAGGUCCCCUUCUGACUCCGUGGACGGCCAGCUGUUGAGCCAGCUCCAGAGGAUGACCGUGGACGACCAGGGAACGGCCGGGCAGGCUGUCUACCCUGAGAUGGAGUUAGAGGAAUCCCGGCUCACCACCUUCCACAACUGGCCUACGGGUGCUGCGGUCCAGCCCAAUGUUCUGGCGAGGGCAGGAUUCUUCUACACAGGCCACGGUGACAACGUAAAAUGCUUUCACUGUGACGGAGGGCUGAGGAACUGGGAACCUGGAGAUGACCCCUGGCAGGAGCAUGCCAUGUGGUUCCCACGAUGUGACUUCCUGAUCCAGACGAGAGGACGUGACUAUGUCAGCAACAUCCAGGCUACCCACUUCCACAGAGAGACUGUGGGUGGAUCACAGACACCGGUGUCUCAAGAAAUUACUUCAGAAAAUGACGUGGUGGGUGGUCUGGGCACACCCUCAGUCAUGCUGUCUCCUGUGGUCCAGACCGUACUCCAGAUGGGCUUUGAGGCUGGCCUGCUGGAGAGUCUGGUCCAGACCAAGUACCUGCUGACCGGCCAGCACUACACCUCCGUGUCUGGCCUGGUCACUGACGUACUGGCUGCUGAGGAGGAGGACAGGACCAGGGGGCUGCAGAGCAGAGUCCAGGAGCCGGUGGAGAGACAUGGUCCCAGUGCAGGAGGGGUCAGGACACAGACACCCAUCAGAGAAAAAGCAGUGGGAGACUCCACCCCUGAGGAGCUCCUGCGUCAGCUGCAGGAGGAGCGGACAUGUAAGGUGUGUAUGGACAAGCUGGUAUCCAUCGUCUUCAUCCCCUGUGGUCAUCUGGUGGUGUGUAGCGACUGUGCUGCCAGCCUGCGUCACUGCCCCAUCUGCAGAGCCACCAUCAGAGGCAGCGUCCGAGCAUUCAUGUCCUGAGAGUCACAUUCAAGUACAAGACCCUUGUGCUUUUGUUUGCCUUUGACAAAUGAAGAGAGAUUCUACAAUCCCUCGGGGGCGGCUCAUCUUUCUGUAGGUGCUGUGAGAAUUUUGUGAAAAUGUCCCCUGGAUUUUAGAUGCCUGACAGAUCUGACCCAUUCUCCUAACCUCAAUACUGUUCAGCUGUUGAUUUUCCCUGCUCAAAAUAACCUCCAAAAUCAAAAUGGCUUCUUUUUGGCUGUAGUAGAAGUUGUUGAAUAUAUUUAUUUUGAUACAGUAAACACAUUUCCAAUAUCAUAAUUGGUGUUUAUCAACUGGCAGAGGUGUCACUACAGACCCGGGUUCAACCCUGAAACCCAUGAGGUGGCGCACAAUUGGCCCAGCAUCGUCCGGGUUAGGGGAGGGUUUGGCCGGCCGUGAUGUCCUUGUCCCAUCGCACUCUAGCGACUCCUGGGGCGGGCCGGGCGCAUACAUGCUGACACAGUUGCCGGUUGUACGGCGUUUCAUCCGACACAUUGGUGCGGCUGGCUUCCGGGUUGGGCGAGCAGUGUGUCAAGAAGCAAUGCGGAAUGGCAGGGUCGUGUUUCGAUGGACGCAUGGCUCUCGACCUUUGCCUCUCCCGAGUCCGUACGGGAGUUGCAGCGAUGGGACAAGACUGUAACUACCAAUUGAAUACCACGAACUUGGGGAGAAAAAGUACAACAUUUGUUUAUUAACAAACUGAUAUUUACACUAUUGAACACAGCACAGGUCUGGACAAAUAUGAUUACAUAAUUGAGUCACAUGAAGAGGACUACAGAGGAUACAAAAUAAAGACAAAUACAAAUAGAAAAACAAUUAUCUACAAAGUGGACUUUUUUUCUAGUGGUAUCCAUUACAUGACCACAAUAGGCUCCAACUAACCAAUGUCAGGCUCUUCCAUUCCCUGUUGCAGAGGCUGUUUUGCAUUGAAAGGAAAAAAACUAAUUAUUUUAGGUGUCUAAAGAUAUUUUUUUAUCAAGACAUAAUGUGCAGUGUGUGUUCGCUGUUGGUAAUGAUCCUGGCUACAGUUUAUAAAGUGUAUCUGGUCCUUUGUUCAUAAGUAUUGACAGAGUAUUACAGAUAGAAAUGUAAUGCAUAGAGCUGGCAUUAUCUAUGACAGAAUGAUGUCUAUUGCACAAUACAUCUAUAUCUGAAUCUUCUGUAACAUUGCACUGUCCUGAAAUGUUACAUUUACACCUCAAAUUAUACCUUAUUCCCUA